UGUCAAAGUGUCUGGCUCCCUUCCCCAGGGACAUCUCGGAGCUCUGUGACCUCACUGGGCCCUCAAUGGGCCUCAGUUGCCAGGGACUCCCUAGAGAAGGAACCCUGUCCAGCCCUCCGAGGGGGCCCUCCCCUGGCGUCAGCCUUGGCCGGGGGGACCCCUAGUCUGCCCCAGUGACUCCUGGCCUGGCCUCAUUUCCUCUCUUCUCUCCUCUUAUCCCUACCCUCUCCUCUCAUAGAAUUCGGGGUCCCCUGGCGGGCCAGGGUCUACUUUAGAAGGGCUUCUGGGAGGACUCAGGCCUCCGCACAGGGAUGAGGAGAGGGUGGCUGCUAUGGAAUGCUCGCUGUGCAGUGCCAUCCAGAACGAGGUGGUAGGGGGUUGGGUGGAGGGAUCCAGGGAAACUCCCUGGAGGAGGAGGAGCUCUCGCUGGAAGCCCAGCUCUCAGAAAAGGAAAGCGGUGGCAGGCGACAAGGACCCCUCUCGGGGAAGGGAGUCAGACACUGAAAGGGGCUGAGCCAUCAAAGGCGCUAUUGAGGCAAGAUGACAGCUACUCAGAAACACAGCCUCUUUACGCCAGAACCUCACUACAUCCCUGGCUAUGCCGGCUUCUACCCGCAGCUGCGCUACCAGGUGGGAAACACCUAUGGGCGCACCACAGCACAGCUGCUCACAGACCCCAGCGUGCGCAAGAGCCCCUGCUCGGUGCUGUCCCCCGUCUCCAAGCCCAAGUUCAUCGAGGACUUCAGCAAGCCCAAGCCACCUUUGAUCCCCUACCGAGACCUGGUUGAGCCCUACAUCCCCCACUACACCGGUCUGAAGCCCUACAAGAACUUUGAGAUCCUGGGCCGGUUUCCACCCCACGAGGAGCCGCCGGAGGCAGAGAACGGAUCCAGGGAGGUCCUGCUGCCUGCGGGCUUCGUGCCCUACCCCCCUUACCCCCCGUGCCCACCGGGCAGGAAAGGGGACUCCGAAGAUUUUGGACACCCAGGCCUGCGGCUGGCAUAUGGGGAGGAGGGCUGGAAGAGCACCACCCCUGCCCACGAGGCCCCUGGGCCGGCCCAGCUGUACCACUGCAGGAGGGAUGAAUACCCACCCCCAGGCCACCAGCAGGAGACACUGGACGUGGGCAGGUUUCAGAGGCUCCCCCAGCUGGACCACCCCAACCUGAUCCAACGCAAAGCCAUCUCAGGCUAUGCUGGCUUUGUCCCUCGGUUUGCCUGGGUGAUGGGGGUGAAUUACCGCGAAGGUGUCACACAGGCCAUGGACGAGUUUGACAAGAGCCAGUUCCUGUUCAAAAAUCCCAUCUGUGCUUUGGGGGAAAGGCUGCCCAGAACACACUGGCCCAACACCACCAUCUAUAACAGCCAAGGCCUGAUCCCUUUCUACAUGGGGUUUAUACCAUCCAUGCAAGACAACUACGCGCUGACGUUCGGCAACAGCACCCGCAGAGCGUAUCAGAAGGAACUGGAGAGGCGAAACCAGACACUAUGAAAAUGCUUUAAUGGUGGCGUCUGUACAGCAUGUGACGUCAAGACAGGAAAAGGAGCAAGUGCACACAGAAACACGGCUAUGGGAGAACAGAUUGUGAGCGAUUAAAGAGUUCACACAGCUUC